ACGGCUAAAACAAUUAUGGCACUUCAGAUUCGUCGGUUGACGCAAACUGCUGACAUAUCGCCUUUUGGUUGAACAGCCCAUCGGCGCACUGGCACUCGCUCAACUCAUAGCGCCACAAUAUCGAUGGGCUCAGUGAUCGGUGACGGCCCCUCAGCUUUGGUAUUGUAUCUACAGAACGGAUUGCAACACAAUAGAUUUACAUACAUACAUAUGUACAUAUAUACUUAAAACAAAUUUAGAAAAAAUAAUACAAAAUGCAAGAUUGGCUGAGAAUUUCUUGCCUGUUGUGCAUUUGUGGGUUUGCACGCGAAAUUCGUCCCUCCGAGCCAUACCUGACGGAGUUUUUGCUGAAUGGUGAACGGAAUGUUACCAUGGAUGAGCUGAGACGCGAAGUUUUUCCCGUAGCAGCCUACUCCUACCUCUCAACGAUUGUGAUAAUUUUCCUCAUUACAGACUUUCUGAGGUACAAGCCCUUAAUUGUCUUAAUGGGUGCUUCAGGCACCGCCGUGGCGUCUAUGUUGCUCUGGACCCGUUCAAAAAUUGCUCUCCAAAUACUCGAGGCUAUUUAUGGUCUUUAUUUAGCAACUGAUGUUGCCUAUUACACCUAUAUUUACGCCAAAGUAGACAAACAAUACUAUCCAAAGGUUACCGCUUACGUACGAGCCGCCGCGUUUUUUGGCAAAGUAGUUGCUGGUUUUUCCUCACAGCUUCUUCUUAAUUUGAAAUUAAUGAGCCCUAAAACGUUGACUUACCUAACAUUGGGCACGCAAAUUUUUACCACACUGUGGGCGUUCAUCUUGCCCAAAGUCGAUAGGAGUUUGUAUUUCCACCGUAAGAAUGACUUGGAUGCUGCUGGGCAGCCAAGCCCGUCUGUGGGUUCAUCAGCAAUAGACGUGCAGGACACAAAAUCAAUUACCAGUCGCAACAAUCAAAACGUCGCAACGCCAUCCGAACCAUUUAAGUUGCUCUGGUCGCACGUCUACAAUGCUUACAGCAAUUUAAGAGUUGUUCAGUGGAGUAUUUGGUAUGCAGUAAAUCUGUGUGGUUACUUGCAAAUCAUAGCCUACAUGCAAGUGUUGUGGAUCGAAAUUGAACCCAAUAUGGAAAUCUCUUGGAAUGGUGGCGUGGAUGCUGUGCUCACAUCGCUAGGAGCUCUAAUGGCUCUGGCAGCUGGUUAUAUACAUGGUGAACGAUUGAAACCGCUGCAAAGUUUGUUGGUUUUGUCCGUUUUUUCUGCGCUAGAGGGUUGUGCUAUUUUGCUUUGUUGCCGAACAUCAAAUAUUUAUAUUUCCUAUGGUGGCUAUAUACUUUUUGGAGCGCUAUUUGCUUUUAGCAUUACAGUCGCGAGCUCCCAAGUGGCACGUUAUUUGAUAGAUGAAAGUUUUGGAUUAGUGUUUGGUGUUAAUACAUUUUUCUCGCUAAUAUUUCAAACAUUUCUAACGAUAACAGUUGUUACAAACUCUGGGUUUGGUUUGGACACGCGCGGGCAGUACACUGUGUACGCGUUUUACUUCAUUACGGCGAGUUGCGUCUGUUUAUGUUCUGUGGCUGUGGAGUACUUCAUUGGCAAAAAAGCGGAAAAAAUGGUUACAGAGUAAAGUAUAGUGUCAUUGUUGCAAAAUAUGUAAGACGUAGAUAUACAUAUGUAUGUAUGUACAUACAUAGGUAUGCACAUCCAAAUGUAUGUAUUUGAUUGGAUUAAAUAUUGUAUAUAUGUAUAAAGAUUUUUUUUAUUGUGUUCAUAUAACCGCGGUUAUACAUAGUAAAUAAUUAAAUUAGUAAAUAAAGUUUUUUUUUUAAUUUCGUGACAUUUUUAUAAGGUACUUUAUUAGUUUUAAAUGGCGCUUUUGAUUUUCAUAUACUACUAGCUUACCCGCGGUUUUUUACCCACGUUCCUAUAAAAAUAUGCAAAAUAAAUAAAAUAUCUUGUACUGUUUUAUUUCUGCCCUAAUUUUCUUACAUGUAAUACUUAUGUAGCUGAAUAUUUAUAAGCGUU